AUGGUCUGCGAUACAGUAGUAUAUCAUCCUUCCGUGACGAGGUUCGUCAAAUUCCUAGAUGGCUCGGCCGGUAGAGAAAAGAUUUUGAGGUUGCUACAGUACUUGGCAAGGUUUUUAGCUGUACAGAACUCGUCAGUAUUGGCCAGACUAUUGCAAACUCAAUUCACUACUGUAAGGAAGUUCCUGAGGUUUUUGAAACCUUUGAACCACUUGCAAGCUGCUGCCAAAUUUUACGACAACAAAUUGGCUAGUGAUAACGUUAUUAGAGUCUGUAACAUUUUGAAAAACGUCUUCUUUGCUGCGUAUUUGUCACUGGACCAAGUAAAUCUUUUAAGAAUCUUAAAAGUGAUCCCGGUGACCAUCCUUACCGGUAAGAAGGUACCCCGUUGGUCCAACUGGUGUUGGUUGUUCGGCCUUUUAAGUGGGUUGGUCAUGGAUCUUCGCAAGAUCCAAACAUCUCAAUCUCAGAUCACUGCAUUCGUAAGUGCCAAAUCGCAAGGCCAAGGCGGCGAGAAGGAAGAUCACAAGAAAGUGUUGGGAAAAGCUUAUCAAGACAGAUAUGCCGCUUUGAGAAGACUGGUCUGGGACGCUGCAGACUCGUUCAUAGUCCUCAACAACCUAGGCUAUUUGUCUAGCAACGAGGAAUACGUUGCAUUGUCUGGUGUGGUCACUUCUGUUUUUGGUAUGCAAGACAUGUGGAAAGCUACUUCUUAA